UGCCAGUUUGGUGGGCUACUAAUGGGCUGAAUUCUAGCCCAAUCUGAAAAUGGGCGUUCGAAAAUGCCCCUCGUUUAUAUAAACCUAGCCCUCGAAGCAUCGUCACUCCCGAAACCCUAGCUUUCCUCACGCUGCGCCGCCGACGGUGACUAGGAGCAGGAGCCGCCGAGCCGGAAGAGGGAUCUGCGAUGGCCAAGUCAAAGAACCACACGGCGCACAACCAGUCGUUCAAGGCGCACAAGAACGGCAUCAAGAAGCCCAAGCGCCACCGCCAGACCUCCACCAAGGGGAUGGACCCAAAGUUCCUGAGGAACCUGAGGUACUCGAGGAAGAACAACAAGAAGAGCGGUGAGGCUGAGGCUGAGGAGUAAACUGGUGGAAUUUCAGAUGAUGAAUUCCUGUUUUGUAUCGCUAGGGUCUACUGCAGUCUUGAAUUUAAUGCUCUGUUCUGUAUGAUCUAAGGAGAUUCCUUAGUUGGUACUAAAGCUUUUUUUCUUUCUUUUUUGUCUUGCUGCCUGGCUGGAUUUUGAAUUAAAAUCGUUAUUUGCAGCGUUAUGAGAAUUGGUAACCUGAGUCCGUCGUUCUAGUUUC